CAGGUAGCAAAGGUUGGAGCUUGCAGUUGGAAAAACAAAACAAAAGGGAGUGGUAAUGGUAAUAAUAUAACAAAGACAAAGUAAAAGCAACCAAUAGAGAGAGAGUUAACUCAUAAGAUAGGAUAGUAUAGGAGGAUGAUAAGAAGAUCUGUGUCUUUUUCUUUGUUUUGUUUGUUUGUUGUCUAAAGCAAAGCAAAGGCAAAACUGGAAAUGCAAAAUUAAAUAAUUUCCCCCCUUUCUCUCCUAGGAUUGUUUGUGAUUGGAAUAAAAGUUAAUAAAGUGAUUUUACUAACAUACCAGAAACAGUAAUGAAUAUAAAAAGAAAUGAUUGAAUUUGCUUGCAUAAUAGAGGGAGAGAGAUAAUUGAAUUACUACUACUACUGCAUAAUAUAAAUAAUAAUAGAUAUAUAGAUAGAGAGAGAGAGAGAGAGAGAGAGAGAGAGAGAGUCAAAAGAAAGGGAGAAGAAGAAGAAGAAGAAGAAGUAAAUGUUAAGCAGUAAGUUAGUAGUAGAGUAGACUAGACAGAUAGAUGGGUGGUGGAGGAACUAUCGCGGAAGGAAUUCGUCGCUUGUUUCAACGACGCUCUUCUUCUUCUACUAGUAAGCAUAACAAUAAUAAUAAUAUUACUACUAAUACUAAUAAUGAUGACCACCGCGUCUUGGUGAAAGAUUUGCGAUCACAGUUGGCCAAUAUUCCUACUACCACUAACCAUCAUCCUUCUUCUUCUUCUCUCUCCAAUAUCAAAGUCCCCAUUUACCCAUCUUCUUCUUCUUCCAUGGAUCCCAACAAAAAGGGUUCACCUGAAACCGACUUUUUUACCGAGUAUGGAGAAGCAAGUCAAUACCAGGUCCAAGAAAUCAUUGGAAAAGGAAGUUAUGGUGUUGUGUGUUCUGCAAUUGACAUUCAUACUGCUGAAAAAGUUGCAAUCAAGAAAAUUAAUGAUGUUUUUGAGCAUGUAUCAGAUGCCACAAGGAUCCUAAGAGAAAUCAAGCUCUUGCGCUUGCUCCGACAUCCUGAUAUUGUAGAAAUUAGACACAUUAUGCUUCCUCCUUCCCGCCGAGAGUUCAGAGAUAUCUAUGUUGUGUUUGAGUUGAUGGAAUCUGAUCUGCAUCAAGUAAUUAAGGCAAAUGAUGAUCUUACUCCCGAGCACCACCAAUUUUUCUUGUACCAACUUCUUCGAGGCCUCAAAUAUAUACAUUCAGCAAAUGUGUUUCACCGUGAUUUGAAGCCAAAAAAUAUUCUUGCGAAUGCUGAUUGCAAACUGAAAAUAUGUGAUUUUGGACUUGCUCGAGUUUCAUUUAAUGAUGCCCCAUCUGCUAUAUUCUGGACUGACUAUGUUGCAACUAGGUGGUACCGUGCACCUGAACUAUGUGGUUCUUUUUUCUCAAAAUAUACCCCUGGAAUUGAUAUUUGGAGCAUUGGAUGCAUAUUUGCAGAAAUGCUUACUGGUAGGCCAUUGUUUCCUGGGAAAAAUGUGGUGCACCAAUUGGAUAUCAUGACUGAUUUGCUUGGCACUCCUCCUCCCGAGUCCAUUGCGAGGAUUCGAAAUGAGAAAGCUAGAAGGUAUCUUAAUAGCAUGCGAAAAAAGCAACCUGUUCCAUUCUCCCAGAAAUUUCCAAAUAUAGAUCCUUUGGCUCUUCGUAUACUGGAGCGCUUACUUGCAUUUGAUCCUAAAAACCGUCCAUCAGCCGAAGAGGCAUUGUCUGAUCCUUAUUUCCAUGGUUUAUCAAACAUCGAUCGCGAACCAUCCACUCACGCCAUUUCAAAACUUGAGUUUGAAUUCGAGAGAAGGAAAGUGAAUAAAGAUGAUGUCAGAGAGUUGAUUUAUCGAGAGAUUUUGGAGUAUCAUCCCCAAAUGCUUGAGGAAUAUCUUCGUGGUGGAGACCAAACCAGCUUCAUGUAUCCAAGUGGGGUUGAUCGAUUCAAGCGACAGUUUGCACAUCUUGAGGAACAUUAUGGCAAAGGCGAACGAAGCUCACCAUUGCAGAGACAACAUGCCUCCUUACCUAGAGAACGAGUUCAUACUUCCAAGAAUGAAAAUAAUGAAAACAACGAUAUUGAAAUGUCAACCGGACCAAAUCUUCAGAGUCCACGUAGCUUGUUGAAGAGUGCCAGCAUUAGUGCUUCAAAAUGUAUAGAUGUGAAAAGAAGUAAAGAUCAAGAGCAGGAACCAAUUAUGGAGGUCAAUGACGACGCAGCAGAUGAAUUGACAGAUAACAUUGCUGCCCUGCAUGCUUAAUUCUAGUGUUAUUAUAAUUUUGAAGCAUUGCAUAGAAAUCCUUCCAGUUUUUUGUGCUAGGAAGCUAACAUGAGGAUUCUUUGUCACGAACUGUCAUUUUGUAAUACUGCUGUAGGUUUUAUAAUUAGGUGUAUACAGAUAUAUUAUGAAUCGGAAAAUCACCUUUUUUCUA